AUGACUUUUGCGAUAAGAGCAGCGACGCGGAACGCGCGCGUGCUCAUGGCGUUCCACGCGAUGACCAGCAUCGCCCUCGAUUUUUACCUUGACACAGCCAAGAAGCUCCAAGGAACUAAACGCAAGACUGUCACUCUUGAUAAUGCGCACCAAACCACAUUCCUCGAGUGGUUAUUGCUCCUGGAGGAGCUGGCGGGGCUGCUGUGUGCGGGUCUUCACGAGCUGGAUGCAAGUUACUACGUGGAAAUCGCGCGUCAGUUCCGCUCUCUAAUCCUUGACUUGCCUGUAUUCCUCCGCAAGAUUCAGCGCUUGGGGACGCAUUCGCGACAGCAGGCGCUCAUGCUGUUCCUCGACAACCUUCAUCGACUGCUCAAACGCGCGACGAAUCGGAACGAAUUGCGCGUGGUUGCAGCCAACGGAUCGGGCAUCGUGGACCAAACGAAGGGAAUCCGAGCGCGUCUCCGCAAUCUCGAUGUUGCAAUAUCCACCUCGCUGGGAAUACUCUUAGAGUCUCCACACGGAAUGGAGAAGCUUUCCAGAGCUCUCGUGGCGAUGCAGUACAUGUGGCGACGGAUAAUGGGGACUACGGCGCUGGAGAAGGCGAUGACCAGCUCGAAGGAAUCUAUUAGCCUGAUGAAGAAAAUCACGGAGAAGUUGGUCAAGUUUAUUCGGAUACUGCAGCGUCCGAUGAGAGCCUUUAAGGCUGGUGUUGGCACUCAGCGACAGAGUCACUCGACUAAGGAGGACUUUGAGAGCCCGUCCGCUGAGCUAGAUACACCGCAAUCGGUUGACUCAAUGAACACGGACCAAUCUCAGAGCAGCGGUGGAUACGAAGUUGUUGCGUUAGCUGGCAGGAAUCCCGAUCUUCUGCUGUCUCGCUUCCCGUUCACGUCGUCGGAGCUUCUUUUGGACCAUAUCGGAUGCGAGUGCAUUGCUGCCAAGCGGGCGAAGCAUCUUCUACAGUCCCCCAAGCACGCGAGCGCUACAGCUGAGGUGCUCAGAUCGGCAUUCGGCGCCGAUAACGAUGCAGUCGAGCGGAUGUCGCUCCUCGAGCUGGCCGAGCACUUUCAUCGGCUGGAGGGGGCGAGGAAACUAUUCGACGUGGUCGAUCGACUCCGACAGCAAACGCUAGAGGAUGAUGACUUGCCGUUCUCGAGUGUCCCUUUCGUAGCGCAUGACAAGAUGGAAAUGAGUUUGUGGCGGUUGAUGGUGCGGCCGAUUCAGCGACUGAGACUCUUCCACCUGCACCAGCAGGUGCAGCGCUUCGUUGAUGGCCUCGUUGAGAGAGCGUUCCAGUGGAUUCUCUCGAUCGGAGCGCGGUUGAUCCUGCUGGUCGCCUUCUGGCGCCAAGAAGAGCUGCGCACGGACCUCCAGGACCCCAUCAUGGCUCAAAGGUCUUGGGGAGCUCGUACGGGUGUGGAUGCCCACGAGCGCAUGGUUUCCUCUGAAGCGGACACUUCGACCCGAAACACCGUGAUGACGCGGAUCAUUUACGCAUACGGCAUCGCGAUCUUCCUGCUGUCUGUGGUGUCAAUUAUGCUGAUCGCACGGAACCGCUUUGUACUCCUGGAGCAGACUCGCUUGCGAAUUCGACCGGUCUCUCGAUAUUACCAGAAUGUCUUGGCCGUGAUCUCGAUCGGUGUGGAAAUGGUGCAGCUCAACUCGCUGGCGUUUGACUCGGCCGUCGAAUGGGACGACACGGACCAGCUACCAGCCGCGCUGCAGUGGCUCGGGAAUCAAGGUAUCACCAAGUUCGGGGUGUCGUCGGUCUCGGAGCUGCAGGCUCUGGGUGUUCUUCUGCUUCUGCUGCUGUGGUUUCUGCUGUUGAAAUGCGCCAACAAGUUCCAAGAAACGAGCGCGCUGCUGCACCGCGUGCUGACGAAAGAUCUGCCAGCGCUCAUCCACGGGUUUCUCUACAUGGGGACGAUCUCCGUCUUCUUCUCGUACCUGGCGUGUAUGGAUUGCUCGGACCAGCGCAGUUCCAGUGGCUUCAAGAGGUGCCAAGUCGCCGCCGAGUCCCAGCCGCCACCGUUCCUCAUCGCGCACCAAGACAUUAGCUGCUGGACUGCAGAGCACCAGUGGUACGCGUUUCUCGGGAUAUGGGGGAUCACCUUCUUCCUACCGAUCGGGCUGCUGGCCCAUGGCAUGAGCCACGUGCUGUUCCAGCGCGAGACGCUCGAUAUCAAGUACGCCCCCGUGCUGUUGCUCGUGGCUCAGUUAGUCAAAGCUGGGGCUGCCACGGCGCAAGCGUUCUUCCCGUACGAUCCGAUGCUUCUUGCGGUUCUUGGGGUUAUCGGUAACGGAGUGCUGCUGGUGCUGACGCUGGUCAUGCAGAGCUGCUCGCUCUGGUACAUCAAGUACGUCAAGUGCGGCAUCUACGCGGCGUCGUGCUGGGCGUCGCUCGGCGCCAUCCACCGCCUGCACUACGCCGGCCAGAGCAGCACGCGGUCGCUCAACAUGAUCUACUUCGGCUGGCUCAGUAUCGGGCUGGUCACGGCCUCGGCCAUUCUGCUGCGAGUGUGGCUCCGAGCUGAGGCCAAGAACCGCGACGCGGAACGGCAUUUCGCAGCCCAGCAGCGACUAUUACUCAGCGCGGACAACUCGACAACGGGUGGCAUCGGCGCAGUGGAGCUCAAGUUCCUCAAGGCGGCGAAGAAACACUCGCGCGACGACCUCGUCCGAGCUGCGUUCAUUGCGAAUGCGAGGAAGCUCAGCGCUUCGGCUCCGCCGCCAGCGCUGAAGGAAUUUAUGGCGAGAGCGAGGCAGCCGCUGGGGAGUAGCAAUGCGGCUGAUAACAUGCGAGCAGCGCAGUUCAUGCGCAGUGCGCAACUCUCCGCCAAGAAACUGGAAAACCUGCGCAGGCGAAGGAAGUUGGCGAGGCUCACCAAGUGA